ACACAGUGUCCGCUCGCAAAUUCUGCUCUUCGAAGUUCCAGGAACUGCUAUUUACUUUGAGUCAUCUGCAAAAGUUGAUUAACGUAACCUGACGGCGAGUGCUAUCGACUGGCGAAAAACACUCUUCCCAGCGUUUGAAAUUAUGCUUGCAGCUAUUGUUACUAGUAUCAUCAUCAUCUACUUCUGUCACGGCCCGGUUUCUUCAUUCAUCGGGAGCAGCGAUGCUGAUUUCGAAGAAGUAGCCUCCAUACAGUUACGGUGCAACUCAUACCCGGUACAAUCUGACAGCUAUCCCAGUGCAUCCGAGUUGUUUCCUGCUCCACCCCGUGCGGAUGGAGUAUAUGCCACGUCCUAUGUCGGGCGCGGCGUUCCGUGGUCUUCGAGCGACUUCAAGUUCAAGUUGCCUCUUGCUCAUCAUAAACUUGGGGUUUCCAACAGUCCACAGCUUGCGUCAUCAUCUGACUGGGAGCGGAGGCUACAAAACUUUCUAUACUUGGGCGCUUUAAGCCCUCUAUGGCGUCGAUAUUAGUGUUGCGAUGCCGGCCCUGACGUGAAGUUUUGUCAACGUUCUCGAUUCACAGUCGCACGGCACGCUCAGCGUCAUUUCUCUUCCCCCUAUGUAACAGUGUGACCGCCGCGAUUAUGUACGGGACACGACACUACGAUGCUCGUUUUGUGCUUGGUCAAGGGUGGUGUUUUAAAACUCGUAGUCAAA